CUCCCUGCCCGGCCUGAGGAGAGGCCGACGGCGGGCGUCGAGCGGGGAGCAGGGCUCUGCUGCCCCAGAGCUGCCUCUCGUCCUUUUCCACCUUGCCCUUGGCGGGUGGUUUGUUGUUUUUCCUUAACGCCCGUUGCUCCCUUGGCAAACGCCUUCCACCCACCUCACGGCUCUGGUUUCCAGCUCUUAAACCUGCCACAGCUCUGGCCUGCUCCCUCAUGGCCGUGGUUGUCUCCUCUCCCUCUCCCCGGCCCUGUGGAGGGGGGUAUCUCUGUAAAGGUGACGGGCCUUGCGGUAGGAAACACAGGCGUUCCCAGGUGUAGGGAAGGUCUAGGUUUAACACGUUGUUUUCUGUCCGGGUAGUGGGGCUUAAACUUGGGUAUGGGCUUGAGUUUAGAGGAGGUAGUGGGAUAAGUGGUAGGCCGUCUACGAAGUAGUAGCUAGCUUGGUGGCUCAUGCCUGUAUGUUCAGGGUAGUUAGGCCUUUGUAAUAAAUGGGAGGAUUUCAUUGUGGAAGGUGUGAUUAGCUUAAUUCUUAUAGCGCAGGUUCGGCUUCCAAGAGUUUAAAGCACCAGUCUUAGAAGCAAAGUUGAGAAAGCAGGUUUUUCUGCCAACCCAUUUGUACAACCUUGGGUUUCAUAGCUGUUUCAUUCCCCCUGUUUUUUUUAACCUGGAAAUGGAGUGGAUAACAUCCACCUUUUAAAAAGACUUUGGAAUUGUUAGCUGAGGAAGAAAAAACAAAUGUCAAAACAUUACUGUCAUUUCUGUUUAUCCCCAGGUAUGCUUUGACAUUUGGAGGAGGAGGCAGAUUUUGUCACUACUUACAACUUUCUAUAGGUUCUUUGAAAUAGAUUUGUUCCCUGACCAGCAAAAAACCAAUAGCCAUGUUGCAAGUAGUACAGGGUAUGAAAGUGAAAAUACUAGUACAAAACCAAGUAACACAAGUUGAAAGCUAAUGAGAUGGCAAUUGAGGUUGUUGUGCCUCUAAGCAAGAGCAUCUCAGUUGUUACUAGACGUCUCUAAAGAGGGGGAGUAACAGCUGUCAUCGAUUUUUAAUUUGGGCAGGCAAGCUUUGUCAGUGCUGUGUAAAAGCAUUUUGUUAAUACUAAUUUCAAAUCUUAGCACAUGCAAUACUUGAAAAAUAGUUUAUGCAAUAGAUUUGCUGUUCUUUCUUCAUACCUUAAGAAUAUUUUUUGUUUAGAAGAUGCAAAAUUCAAUACUUUUUUUGAAUUGAAGCUUACAAAAGUGGUAGAUGCUAUGUCGAAGUUUUCAAGGCAUGUGUAGGCACCAUUUCUCUCACUUCAGGAAUUCUUUCCUGGGGUGAAGAAGAGGGGGAUGCAAGGAGUAGUUAAAAAGAGAGCAAGAAGGACUGAAUAUAGGCAGUGCAGGUUAUGCUUGUACCAGGUAAAGUGUGUUGUAAAAUCCAGGACCCAGCUCCUGAUCUGAAUUACUCCUGUACCUGGAGUCUGUGUAGGUAUGUCACUGUAGGGUAUGCCCAAACUAGGUAUCUUUGUGCUUUCAGCGUAGAUACAGGCAGAAUAGCCUGGGAUGUGCUGCCCAGAAAGAUACAGCAGUGGUAGUUCUGCUGCUGUUGAACACAACUUGUGUCUCUAAAUCCCUUUAAUAGCUUUUGAAAAAUGCAGUUUGUUACAAUCUCAUCAUCUAAGUGUACUUCUUGAUAAUAAUACAUGAGUAAAACAUUUGCUUGACCUUCAGGGUGUAUUUGAUAUACAGUUACUUUUUUUGUAGUUGUUAAUUUUGUUAGUCUACCAGUGAUUGACACGCAAUGAAAAUGUGCACGUCUUUUUGUUAUGCUUAUGACAAUUUCCAAUAAAACUUAAGGAUAGCACAGUUGACAAUGUAGGGCAGCGUUGUUCUUUUCUCCCAUUUUUUAUUUUUCUUUGCGCAUAAACCAGUCUUAAGAACAGUGUGCAUUAAAUGUACAUGGUACCCAUGUACUUCAAAAUUAGAUAUUUUUUUUUUUCCCCCCAACUUGGAUUGGUUACUUAGAAACCCAGAGUUGGGUUGACCAGGUGUUGGAAAGUCAGCUGGCGAUACAAAUGAUCACUAAUAGAGUGUAUGGGGAGCUGUGCCUGCACGGUGGCAUCAGUGGGUAUGAAAUGUAAGGAUUUGAUUAAGACCAAAACUCCAUCUGAAUAUUUCUAUGUGCUUUAAUGAUAGCAUUUGUAAUUACAGCUUACAAAGUUCCUACUAGCAGAAAUCUUGGAAAAAAUGUGUGGCCAGUUGGAUUGUAAGAAUUUAUUUGUGUUAGAAAUAUGCAAAGUUUCUUUCUUUAGUAAAAGAGAGUAAUUUCUGUCCAAAUUGUUGUGUGUUAAUGAGCAAUAAAAACAUUGAUGCUCAUCUUGCCUGUUGACGCUAACACUUAUCUCACACAUUUGCAAGUAUUUUAGGAGGCGAAAAUCUGAAAUGAGACUAUAACUUUGUUUCACAUGUGAUUCUGUUGUGUAGUCAAGGGAAUUCUUUUUGAGCCUUGUCAGUUUUUGAGAAAGUUUCAAGGUACUGUUUUAUUUGGUAUCUCUUAGGAGCUUGGCAAAGUUGGAUGGCUCAAAAAUGUCCCUGGAGUAAUGCUGCAAAACAGAAGAUUAAUCAGUGAGUUUUACUUACUGCAGGGGCCUAUCUGGAGCUUGAUUGUGGUGGCCACAGUGGUGCAGCUGUCUAACCUUAAUAGAUCUCUACUGGAUUCAAACUGAUUUGCUGGUGUGACACUAUUCCCUUCUGACUACUGUGGGAGAUUAAUCAUAGGAGAGACACCUAUGAGUUUAAAUCUGACAUCUUCCUGAUGUCAGGUAUUUUAACCUGGUGAUAAUUGUUCAAAUUUGUGAACUGAUAAUAAUGAAUUACCAUGUGAUGUAUUCCCUGAAUCCUGUCUCAGUUGAGAUGUGGUGUCUAGGUGUGCACGGUAUGCAUACUUCUUCAUUUUGUGAUGAUGUGACUCCUCAGAGCUUUUCUUUUUUAGAAAUAGGUCAAGGAGCUUUGCUGCCAGGCCUGGGGCAUGUUCUGAAACUGUAAAUGCUGGAAUUAAAAGUCUGUAUUUGACACCUUCCAUAAAACCGAAACCUAAUCUCUGCAUUGAGAGGUGAGUAUGUCUUUAGGAGUAAGAGUGGAAGACCCCUUGCAGACUAUCAGCCAUCUUUUGACUGCUUACAGUUAUGUUCAUACCUUGGAGAUUUCCAUGUCACAUGUUCUGAGUCGAAAAGAAAAGGUAUGCUUUCCUGGCAUACUUUGUGAUCUUAUUGUUGACCUUCUAAAGUUUUCUGGCAUGGUUCUCCCUCACCUCCCUUUCUAAGUUCAUAUGAAGGAUGUAGGUUUUCCAAGUCAUACAAAGCGUUCAGCAACUCCUUUGCAAGUCAUGGGCUGUGUUGUUCCUUGAGAACAAAAAUUGUUAUUGUAUUACUUCAAUAAAAGCCAGCUGGGAAUUAAACUUCGGAUGUUUCUCUUGAUGUUUGUUGCUUUGUGUAGAGAGGCUUAGGAUGGUGGAGCAGGAUGAGGCGGGAGGAAUAAAGUGGCUGCUGAAUGUUUGCCACAAGGUAAAUGUUUCCCUACCUGUUUGACAGUGAAAGGGCCCUUUCAAUAUAAUCAUGAGUUGUUUUCUUUUUGAAAAUUAGUUACAUUUCUACAAAAAAAAAAAUCUCAAAAUGUUACAUGAAAGAUUAAUUAAUUUUCUUUGGUUUAUACUUUUUGUAGCUUCCUGUGUAGUCGUUUCUCUGUUUUCAGUUGGAUGGCCAGUUCAAUCCCUUAUGCCGUUAGUUUGGUGUAAAAGACGAGAAAAAAGAAAAAAAAAAUUCCCUUCUCUCAGCUUCCUUCAAAGAAAAAAUAAUACAGUUGUAAAAACUACUGUUGAGAAUUCUGGAUCAAGCAUAUUAUUUUAGCUAACUUGCAGCUUUUUGAGGGAUCAUUUCUAAAUUCUCUCUGGAAUAAAUGCACUAACUGCUUUGGGCAUACAGUGUUUGAGUUAUUUCGUAUAAUAACCGUGCAAGUUUUGGCACAGUCACCUCUAUGUUAGUGCAGUUAAAAUUCUGAGUUUUAAUACCAACCUCAGACUAUUGGUGUUACUGUCAUUCUAAGUGUGAAAGCUGUGUGCUUCUGGAAUACAGUAUUAUAAAUCGGCAGGUGUUGUCAAUGACACAAUGGUAAAUGGACAAGAGACAUGGCUGAGGUGUGGACUUUCACAGCAGCUUGUAUUUUCAGUGGUGAUUUUGAUGUUACCAUACUCUCAUGUUCCAAAAAGUGGAGUAUAAAAUGCAUCUUUUUUUAAACUCUGUGCAGUUACCAGGUACUACUGGAAGGGUAUUAGGUUUCUGUCUGUUAAUACAAAAAUCGUGGUGGCUCAUCUCCAAAUUAUGAUGUGCUGCUUGUACUUAGGCUGGCACCUGCAUUUCAGGCAGCCUUACAGAUGCACAGAAACAUUAAUGUUCUCAAGAUGCCACUCAGCUCUUAUUUUGAAGUUCACAUCUUUCUGUUGACAUAAAUGAAAACUGAAUGAGACUCCUAAGCACAGAUGGUUUGAAGAUUUUGAUGAGGUGGAGCAUGAUCUCACUGUUUGACUAGGACAUUUCUGUCCUGGUGUGUCCUGAGACCUGACUCCACAGUCAGGAGGAGAGUGAGUAUACACAGUACUGGCAAAUGCCGGUGGUUAUGGACUAAGUGUUAAAAUCAUGGUACAAGCAGUGAGAAACUGAAGUUGAAUGAGGUAGUUUCAUGUCAGACUGGGUUAAAGUUACCGAAGUUUAAUGAAAAUGCAAACCCAUAACUUUUUAUGUAAUUGUGCUGUGCCACCUGAAUACGUUGUGGUGAAUUGUUUUAAGCAAAUGUCUUAUACCAGAGAGACAAAUCGGGACCCAAACUCUGCAAAUUAACUCUUCAGCCUGCCAUCAGAAAUGCUGAUAAAGAUAUUUUCCUAUUUGGAUGCUGUGUCCCUGUUGUCUGUUGGUUGUGUGAAUAAGCACUUCUAUCAUCUGGCCAAUGACAAUGGAAUCUGGCUGAAAAUCUAUUCCAUUUGUUUUCAACCAAAAAGGACAAUUUGGAAAAUGAAGUCUGAAGAAACAGAAACAGUUUCCUUGGGCUGUGCUGCUCUACAUGAUAGAAAGCCUGGGUACUGGAAGAAAGAAUACAUCUUCAAACAAAUAGCUGCUGUCAAAAUGAGAGUAAUGCGACUUGUUAAACCUGUAGAUCCUUAUACAGGUCUUCCAUGUAAAAACAAAGAAGCUAUGAAAGCCUCUGGCUUGAGUUGGAUGAUUGUUCUAAAGGACAAAAAUGGAAAGGAACACUUAACAGAGAAGGCAAAGCUAUCAUUUAAGGACACAUCUGUUACUAUACUUUGGUAUAGUACAAAUUGGCCGUGCUUAGAUAGCCUGUCAACCCUAAAACUAUUUGGAGUUAUACCAUUGCUUCCUGACCAAAGCAGAGGUCCCAGCAAGAAUGGACCUCGUCGACGUUCCUUAAUUGCUGAAUACCAUCUUGCUAACGUGACUGAAAGUAGUGUAGCACUUGGUGCUGAUAAGCUUGUCCAGCUCUUCAGUCUGAAGCCAGGACUCUUAGUAGGACUUUGGAAGGAGAAAAAUGAAAUUGCUUUUGUUAUGGCGAGUCUUCAUUAUCAUCAGCUUCUUGAGAGAAGCACUUUGGGUUCUGCUACUGUUCAAUAUGCCCUUCCACCUAAUAAACCUGUCUUGGAUGAUGUUGACCCAGAAUAUGGACUGCAUGACUACAGUCUACAUCUUGAUAUGCAUGGUGGAAGCUGCACCUACCUGUGUGGAACAUUCAAGAGCCUCUUUUGCAGAAAAGGUGACAUUGCAAAUGGAUAUUUGAGGCUGACAGUUGUAAGCUUGAAGGAUAAUAAGAAGCACUUGCCUCUUACUGGGACACUUGGCUUAUCCUGGGAAACAGAUGUGUUUAAAGGCAAUGUAAAGGACUGCUACGUGAUGGAUGUUACUCUCUUGGAUGAAAAUGGAAAGCCCUUCUGGUGUUUCAGUGCCCCAGUCUACAUCGAACUGUCUUCUGAGGCAUCUAGCCUUUAUGACUACCUGGGUCGUACCUAUACCACAGACUAUGCAGAUUCAGAGGGUAAAGUCUGUGUUGAGUUGGUAUGGCUGGAAGAAACCAAGGAGUAUUUUAUAGUUAAUUUGGUGCUUUAUAUAAGCACCAAAAAGGUAAAUAAUUGGUAUGGAACAAAUUACUGACUUAAUUGGGGCAGCAAUUUCCUUGCUUAAAAAAACCAAACCAAAACAACAAAAAACCCACCACACUAAACUUUUGAUGCUUAAAAUUGAUACCAAUGAGCAAGACUGUUCCUGCAAGUUUUUCAGUAACAAGUGCAAUUGCAUAAUUUUUUUUUAAUUGGCAUUGGAGGGAUUGAAGAGACAUGUUAAUGUAAAUGAAUCUUUUUCUUCUCUAUUGAACAUCACAUGGUUAGUCUGUUUCUGGUACUGGGUAUAUUGAAAUUAUUUUUAGGAAUAUUUUUCUUUAUAGAUACUUGUUACUAUGGUUAACGAAUUGCUUCUUGUGAGAGCCAUACUGUGAAGAUGCCUUGCCUUACGUAAGCUACACUGUUUUUCAGAACAUUGAGUUUUAUGCCUAGUAGUAAAACAGCAUGUGUGCUGUUCCCUUCAGAUUCGUUAUUGUGUCACUGGUAAAUAACAGGUUUUGAGGGGUUUUGUUAAAUGCAGAAAUACUUUUUUUUCAGAAAAUACUUCACUUAAAUAUAUUCUGGUAGAGGAUUUAAAUGUAGACAGGAAGUUACAGAUCUGAACAGUAUGGCAGUUAGGGCAUUUGUUAAGAAAAUCACAUAUAAUAUCUAUUAUGAAAUUUCUUUAAAUUCCUGUUUGUUCUGUUUUCCCGUGUUCUAACCUUCUGUCUGAUUCGAGCCUAGAUACUUGCCUCAUGUAUUGACAUAUGAAUAAGUGUCCCAAUUAUCAGCACAGCUGAGCUGUUGUCUGCUCUUACUGAAUGUACGUAACAUUCAGUUGUUUUGGAAACAGUGCAUAUCUGAUAUAAUCUUUAUCUAACAGUAAGCAUUCAUAUAAAAAUUGAAUAUAUGUGCCUGAUCUUUGAGGUUCCUUGAAGUAACUUUAGGACCAAAUCUCCUACUCCUUGUAUUAAAAAAAAAUAAAAUUACAUGAUAUUGGGACUCCAGUGUCAUUACAUAGCAUGUUACAAACCACAGCAAAUUUGUGUAGUUUCACGGUACUCUGUUAAGAUAAAAGCACAACUGUGUUGUUGACUUCUGUGGCUUUAUUAUGGUAGUGAUUUCCUUAAAAAUAAUUUCUCUCUUUUCUUUAUUCAUUUAAGUACGUUAAUUGGUUCAUGCAAGCAAUGUUUAUGUGCAAGCACUUGUGCUCUAUACUACAGAGACAGUAGUGCUCUAUACUACAGCAAUAGGGUUGUUUCUUAAUGUAACUUUCAAAUAUAAUGAAGUUAAGGCUGAUUCAGUUCUAGUUUGACUUGUAUAACCUUGCUUAAUGAAGAAACAGAAACAUUUCUCUGUUUGGUGGUUAAUUAGUGUAACGAGCAUGAUCAGCUGCAUUCUGUCUCCUUUCUUAUUCACUGCUGAUGGUGACUGGGAUCCCUUGAAGUAAUAUAAAUGUUUUAACAAGUGGACUGGGUGUGAUGAAUGCCAGGACAACAGAUGCUGAAAUUCAUGCUGCACAGACAAGUGGCCAGUCAAGAUUUUCUUUUGCCUGAAGUUAGACUUUGAGGCACCACCUUUAGCAAGGAAAUGGUAGCUCAGUCCCAAAGUCCUCUCAGUCGCUGGCCUCACCAAUAAGCAUGUAAAUGAAGAUGUAGAAUUAUUCUGGCUGCAUUGAUCCUUUGAGAUGGGCAAGUAUGUUCUCUGACCUGCUGUGAAGCUGCUGAAGUCAAUGGGCACUCAGCAGCCAUAAAAUGGUAAGAUUCUGUUACUGCUCAUUCUAGCUGAAUUUUUUGUUGCAUUUCUAAUUUAAAAAAAAAAAUAAUAAAGUACUUCCUUUUGCUUAAAAAGCAAUUUCAGUUUCUGAAGUAUUUGGCUGUUAUAUACAAUUGAAUGUUUUAUAGAAAAUCCUGGUGUCACUAUUGGAAAUGAAAUGAGAGUAUGCUGUCCCUACCCCCCAUACUCCAAUCUAGUAGCCUGAAAGUUUACUAACUGAAUUAAUUAGAAAGAGGUAAGUCUUUAGCAGCGCUGUCAACCUAAAAAGUGAUACAAGGCAUAGCAGAGUUUCCUCAGGCUAUUGCUAACUUAUUUCUGCUGUUCAUAAACAAGAAUAUGUAUAUAUGCCGCAGACCCAAGCAAAUGGUGGUUCUGAGAUCUUCAGAAAUGGAUGUAACUGUUGCAGAGCUGUUCUCGCACAUCUUCACUGAAGUAACAGGACCAUAAUGUUGUCCUUUCUGAAGAUAUGAAGACUAAGAAUCCGUUUUUACCUCCUCAGGUAGGCCUGAGAUGGACCUAAACCUGCUGUAGUAUUAUGCCAUGUGUACACUGCUUUAAUUUCAGCUGACAGUUGCUUUUAACUUGCACAGCAGAAGCAAAUUUAGUAGUUAUCACCUGUAUGAUCAAACCUGCAAAGGUAUAUGUGGCUCCACUCAAACUUCCAUUUCUUCAACUCCCAUGUUCCUUUCUUUGUAUAAGUGAGGACAUACACUGAACCUCCACAAAGGAAAAGGAUGAUGUUAGGUAACGGCACUGGCCCUUUUCAUAAAAGAAAAUAUCAUCUGUUCCAAAGACCUACACAUUUUGAUAAAAUCUUUGGCUAAUCUUCUGCUAAGUCCCUUUUUAUAUACCUGGUGCAAAGGGUGGUAGGAUGCGUUGCAUGUCCCACUCUGUGAUAAAAGACAAUUGUUAGAACAAACAGGGAAAAUGGAGGCACCAGCUGAAAUCUGAUCAUCAAAGUACACAACUGGUUGUGACACUAAGUCUUACAUCACAUUUUUCUCUUAAUGCCUCAGGAUUUCUUGCAGCUGCUUUUAAUGAUUUUGUUAGUGUUCCAUACUGAAGAGAGGACAAUGUCUUUAUUGUAAUUGCAUAAUUUAUACAAGUAGUAUGACAAUUUCUGUGAGAGAAAGUAUAAGCACUUGUAAGUGGAAAAAAAUGUAAAUGUUAAAGAUUUUGCUUGUAUUUGUGUGCACUUUAUGGACCAAUUCAUCCAAGUAAAAAGAUGGUAACCACCACCAACUUUUAAAUGUGUAUGUUUAAGUACACUGCAACAGAUAGAACUGUGAUAUUUUUUAAAGGGUGAUUUACCUGGUAGGCAAGUGUAAAAACAGUACUUUAUUGCAAAUAUAACAGUGCUCAUUUAACAUAAUGAGUUUAAAUUGCAUUGAAAAAGAAUCAGUUAGUAUGAAAGAAUGAUUUAGUGAAAGGGCUUUUAUGAGAUUAUUCCAACAGUGGAGGAGUUGUCUUUUUAAUAGAACUACAUCUAAAUGUUAAUCCUGCCAUUUGUCAUUGUUUUGCCAGAUGUCUGCUGUGUACCUAAAUGCUUCCAUAUUCUGUAGUCUUGAUUUUCUUUUUUCCUUUUUUUUUUUUUUUUUUUUUGAAGGAGGUACUUGUAAAUGGAAAAUGUCUUCAAUGAACAAUUCAUUAAUGUUCUUGGGCACUUAAUGUUCUCUUCCAUUGAUACAAGCUGGAACUGUGUUGGUUUAUAUAAUCUGAAGAAUUGUCUUUAAUUUUAACACUGGCACUCUGGAAUCAUUGAUCUUUACUGUGGUUGGCUUACUUUAGUGGGAAACUAAUAGCAGCUAUAUAUUUCUGAAGUCUUUGUAGUGUAGGCUAGUAAUCACAGUAUUUUUCUUCAAACUGGACUUUCAUUUUUUUUUUUCUUCCUAUCUUUUUGCAAUUGCUGUUAGAGAACAAGCUCUGCUUUCAUAAUGCAUUUCUGUUCCAAUGUGCUUUUGAUACAUGUGAUUGAAUACAGAGAGCAGUUGUAUGGUGGAUAGCCUCAUCACAGAUUUUUUUUUCUUUUUUUUUUUUUUUUUUUUUUUGCCUGCCUGGCCUCUCUCUCCCUAUUUAGCAGGCAUGUUCUGAUUUACAUUCAUCCAUUAGAUAUUUAGGAAUGGUAUUUAGAUUUUGUUGAAACUUCUCGUCAUAUGCUUGCUUUCUGAGAAAAGGACUGUCUUGUUUUUAUGUGUUCAGCUACAUGGCUAUCUGAUGCUAGCAAUUCAGUACUCAGCAGAAAUAUAUGUAUAGUAUAAGGAUACCAUGAGGUGAAAUGGAUUAAUACUGUUUCAGAUUAAGAAUCUAGACAAGUGAUCAAGUUGUAUAUCUUAAUGAGUUACCAUCCAGCAACAGUCAUGUAGUAGCCUACCUUGUAUUUACCAGGUGUUCCAACACAUUCAAACAAUUAGAAGGAGGUUUAGGUAAAAGCAUUUGCUCUUCUGCCUGUCUGGCAUAUUGCUACAGCUCAGCUGAUAACUCAGUGAAUCACUAAGUUGUGUUAACUGAAUCUGAGCUCAAAUAUAACUGCAUUAGAAACUGCACAGAUAAAACAGUAUUUCGAGAAAUUAAAAUGAGAACAAGCGAUGGGUUUUAAUCUCUGCUUGUAUGUAGUGGGUUGGAAGGACAUUAAUAUGAAAAGUUAAAUCCUGUCAUUGUUUCCUGUCUCUUGUUUCGACCAUAAAUCAGAAUGGGAAAUGGUGGCAACAAAGAUAACUAGUUGAGUCGUGUGUGGUGAGGAAAGAUUUAUUGUACUGAAUGUCAAAGCAUUACUUAUUCUGUUCUUACUUCAAAUUUUAAACCAUUUAGGAGUCUUUCUCAUGCUCUGUCUCUUUUGAAAUGUCUGUGAAAAAGGAGUAAAUACUACUUUGUAUUAAUGCUAUUUCAGUUGUAGAAGUGUUUGUAAUAAAGUUGAAAACUGUAAGGCUUUUAAACACACCAAAGAAAACUAAAAUGGGAGUUAUUCUUUCUAUGUUUAAGUUGUUUAUCUCCUUUUGAAGAGAGAUGCACCUUUUGAAGGGAAAUGCACUUACAACUCAGAUACUGAUUGUAUAUUAGUAGGUAGAAUUACUUUUGUUCUGCAUACGGACCACCUGGAAUGCAUGUUAAUAAUUUUUUCUCUCCUGAAUCAGUCAUGCACAAAGUUACAUUCAGCUGUCUUGAUGAAAUCUUAUCCAAAAAAAUGCAAGGUAGGGAUGAAUGUGUAAUAGCUAGGUAGUAUCCAGUUGAUUCACUGAAAUACCAUAGAUCAGUUUAGUCUGCAGGGAUUGGAAAGUAUUUAACUGUUAAACAAAAAACCACCACCACCAAACCCCUCAAGCUAAAGCAAAUGCUUAGCUUAUCAGAAUUUACAUAUCAUCAUUUCUUCUGUACCAAAGAUAAAAAAAUACAUUUUUACAAAUACGCUGGAAAAAAAACUCUCAAUGUUCAGAAAAAUCUGGAAAUAAUGAAUAAAGUCAGUAUUCUUAUUCGUGA